CCACGUUGGAAGCAUCAGCGAUGGCGACGCGGUCGGCGUACGACGAUGGCCCGCCGGAGCGGGACAACCUGCGCAUCGAGCGCGACGUCAUGAGCAUGCUGCCCUUCUUCGAGUACCUCGUGGACCUCCCGGACGUGAGCCGCAGCGUGCACUACCGGCCCGACUUUGUCGACCUCCUCGACGAGUACGCAGCCUCGCGCCAGACGUCGCCGCAGUUUGCCAACUGGUGGUCAUGGCUCUCGGACCGCGACGAGGGCUGUCGCAUCCUCCUCCACCGCAUGCACGAGAUGGGCCUCCUCGAUGGCGACGGAUCGCCAUCGCAGCCGUUCAAGUGGAACUUCUCGGCAAUCCACCGCGCAAUCCAAAUGCGUGGAAAGGGCCUUGUGCUCUCGGCGCCGCUGCGCUACAACGACGCUAUCAACUACGACGUGGUCAUGUACACCAAGUAUGCGUUCUCGAGCUUGACCAAGCGGCAGCCCUACUACGUCUCCAAAAUCGAGAGCGAGCUGCGCUUCCGCCUCCCCAACUACGUGGACGCGGACGCGUACAUUGCGGCGCUGCUCCAGCAGAUGGAGCGCCACCCAGAGAUCGAGCUCGUCUCGGACCACCAAGGGCAAAUGAUCUUUCGGUUACGCAGCAACGGGUACGUCAAGCCGCCGCUGCCCUUCCAGGCCGCCGCCGCCAACUACAUCAACGAAGCCCUCGAUGUACUCCAGCGAGACGACAUGUACCCGAUCACACACAUCCUCGAGAUGGUCCGAAACUCGCGCCUCGAGGGCUGCGCCCAAGACGCCUACAUUGCCCGCGUCCUCGACCGCUUCCGCCGCGACGGCCGCUUCCAGUUUGUGGACGGGCCGACCUUCGAGCGCAGUUACUUUACCUUUGCGCGGCGCCAAGGCUUUGAGACACCGACAGCGUCACUGCUGCCCACGCCAGGACCGACUACCAAGACCAGCGACAGCGGGCUGCGAGACCGCCUCCCCAAAGGUCCGCUCGCGGUGCCAAAGGCGAUCGACGGCUUUACCGCGCUUGCCCUCGAGCUGCUGCAGUAUGUGCCGAUGUUUGCGGUCUCGUUUCUGUUUGAAGAAACCAAGUCGUGCGUACCACUCCAGUGGACCCACGACCGCUACAUCCACCAAGUCGUCCAGGGUAUGAAGCAGAACCCGCAGCUGCAUUUUGAGGUGGACGAGAAGGGCCGCGCGUACUUUUGCAAAGCCAGCGCAGCUCCGAGACCGGCUUUGUUGGAGCCGCCGCCCAAGAAGAUCAAGCGUUCGGUGCCUACUGUGAGCGCUACCAUGGCGUGGACCGAGCCGCGGCUUGUGCUCUUUCCGACCGACGUCACGCCACGCCCCAUGCACCUCGAGACGGACGAAAGCCAGCUCCAGGCCCGUCGCAAGGCACUGGUCGAGGCCGGCACACCACCCAACGACGGCGUCGAGGACGGUGUCCGAAAACAACGCGUGGUGCCACCGCGGAUUCCCUUGGAUCUCGCAAACGAGUAACUCGAAUCCACUGUAUCGGGUGCUGCAUCCAUCUCCAA